CGAUCCAGGAAGCCCAAGCAGCAAGCAGGAUGGCCCACCACCGCCGCCCACGCCGACGUCAGCACAUCCAAGCGCUCGUCGCCGCCGCCAUGCUUCUCCUUUCCUCCGCCUUGUUCACCGCGCGGCUCCCACUCGCCGCCUCCACCCGCCUCCCCAACCCUACCACCCGCCUCCUCCUCUUCGCCGCCCUCCCUUCCUCCUCCCCGCUACGAGCCUUCUGCCCCAGGGCGCGCCCCGCCCCCGCCACCUGCGCCGCCUUCUCCUCUUCCACCACCAUGGCCGCCACCGACAACCCCCUCCUCGUCGCCGACUUCGACUUCCCGCCCUUCGACCGCGUCGAGCCCGGCCACGUCCGACCCGGCAUCCGCGACCUCCUCACGCGACUCGAGGCCCAGCUUGAGGAGCUCGAGAAGGGCGUCCAGCCCUCGUGGGGGAAGCUCGUCGAGCCGCUCGAGCGCAUCACCGACAGGCUCGAGGUCAUCUGGGGGAUGGUCGACCACCUCAAGGCCGUCAAGGACUCCGCCGAUCUACGCGCCGCCGUCGAGGAAGUCCAGCCUGACAAAGUCAAGUUUCAACUAAGGCUGGGCCAGAGCAAGCCUAUCUAUGAGGCUUUCAAGGCCAUUAGGAACUCUUCUGAUUGGGAGAGUCUCAGUGAUGCUCGCAAGCGUAUAGUAGAAGCUCAAAUAAAGGAGGCUGUUCUCAGUGGAGUUGCACUUGAGGAUGAACAGAGGGAGAAAUUUAACCAAAUCGAACAGGAGCUUGAAAAGUUGUCACAAAAGUUUAGCGAAAAUGUGCUGGACGCAACAAAGAAAUUUGAGAAAUUAAUUACUGAUAAGAAGGAAAUUGAUGGGUUGCCUGCUACAGCCCUUGGUUUAGCAGCACAAACUGCCGUGUCAAAGGGUCACGAAAAUGCUACAGCUGAAAAUGGACCUUGGAUCAUCACGUUGGAUGCACCAAGCUAUAUCGCUGUUAUGCAACAUGCUCGUAGCAGAGCUCUCCGUGAAGAAGUCUACCGUGCUUAUCUAACCCGUGCCUCUAGUGGUGAACUUGAUAACACCAAUAUCAUCGCUCAAAUUCUGAAGUUAAGGCAAGAGAAGGCUAAAAUUCUUGGCUACAAGAACUAUGCUGAGGUAAGCAUGGCUCAGAAAAUGGCAACCGUUGAGCGUGUAGAAGAGCUUCUCGAGAAGCUGCGUGCGGCUUCUUGGGAUCAUGCUGUUAAAGAUAUGGAAGACCUAAAAAUCUUCGCCAAAGAUUCUGGUUCUCCAGAAGCUACUGAUUUGACUCACUGGGACCUUACAUUCUGGAGUGAACGACUGAGGGAGUCUAAAUAUGAUAUCAAUGAGGAAGCACUGCGUCCUUAUUUUGCAUUGCCCAAGGUUAUGGAUGGCCUCUUCACUCUGGCAAAUAAGCUUUUUGGGGUGAGCGUUGAACCUGCAGAUGGACUGGCUCCUGUCUGGCACAGUGAUGUCAAAUUUUACUGUGUCAAAGACUCUUCCAAUAGCCCUGUUGCUUAUUUUUACUUUGAUCCAUAUUCAAGACCAUCUGAAAAGCGUGGAGGGGCUUGGAUGAAUGUUGUCUUUUCUCGCAGUCGUGUCCUAGCUCGCAAUGGGUUGCCUGCUAGGCUGCCUGUUGCUCAUAUGGUGUGCAAUCAGACGCCACCAGUUGGUGAUAAGCCCAGUCUCAUGACCUUCCGUGAGGUUGAAACUGUGUUCCAUGAAUUUGGUCAUGCCCUUCAGCAUAUGCUUACCAAGCAAGAUGAAGGUUAUGUUGCUGGUAUUCGUGGAGUUGAAUGGGAUGCUGUAGAGUUACCCUCCCAGUUCAUGGAAAACUGGUGCUAUCACAAGGAUACUCUCUUGAGCAUUGCAAAGCACUACGAAACCGGUGAAACUCUCCCAGAAGAAAUUUAUGCAAAGCUUGUUGCUGCAAAGAAUUUCCGUGCUGGCACCUUUAGCCUGCGCCAGAUACGUUUUGCCAGUGUAGAUAUGGAACUGCAUACAGCAUAUGAUCCUUAUGGCUCAGAGUCCAUAUAUGAUGUUGACCGAAGAGUUGCAGAACGAACACAAGUUCUUGCUCCUCUGCCGGAGGACAGGUUCCUGUGCAGCUUUAGCCAUAUAUUUGCAGGUGGCUACGCUGCUGGAUACUACAGUUACAAGUGGGCUGAAGUAUUGUCAGCUGAUGCAUUCUCAGCUUUUGAAGAUGCUGGUUUGGAUAAUGAGAAGGCAAUUGAGGAAACUGGAAGACGAUUCAGAGACACGGUUCUUGCACUUGGAGGUGGAAAAUCUCCACUCGAGGUGUUUGUUUCUUUCCGCGGACGGGAGCCUUCACCCGAGCCACUUCUUAGGCACAACGGCUUGCUUCCUGUUGCUGUGCGGUGGCGGAGGUGGGCAUGCAGGUCUCUGACGGCUGACAUGAUGUCCGGCAUCCGCCGGUGCGAGCGGUCGCCGGCGACGAACUCGCAGGCGACGCCGUCCACCUCGACCAUGCUGCAGCCGGGCACCUUGGGGUCCAUGGUCCGGCGGAGGCUGGCCACUUGUUCCCACUUGCUCCAGGAGGCGUACAUGUUGGAGAGCUGGACGUGCACGCCGGUGUGGUCGAGCCCCUGCUCCGCCAGCCACGCCACCACCUGCUUGCCGGCGUCCACGUCGCCCCGCGCCGCGCACGCGUUGAGCAGCGCGCCCAGCACGUACGAGUCGGGCCGCAUGGGCAUCGACCGCACCACGGCCAGGGCCUCCGUCAGCCGGCCGGCGCGCCCCACUGGCCAAAUCUUUUCCCGGUCCACCCACCCAGCACUGGGUAUAAUCAUAUCAGAUGGGCUUCGUAUGGGCCGGGGGCCCAACCCGGCCGGCCUUCACCAACCAUCCAUCAGCACAGCUGUUGGUGGGUGGGUGCGCGUCCCGUCUCUCCGUGACGACGACGACACGACAAGAGAAGAGAAGAGAAGCAGGCGGCGGCGGCGGCGGCGGCAUCAGGAAUUCAGGAUGGGUCGCGGCGGCGGGAUGGGGAACCCGGUCAACGUGGGCAUCGCCGUGCAGGCGGACUGGGAGAACCGCGAGUUCAUCUCCAACAUCUCCCUCAACGUCCGUCGACUCUUCGACUUCCUCCUCAGAUUCGAAGCUACGACGAAGAGCAAGCUGGCGUCUUUGAACGAGAAGCUUGACAUCCUGGAGCGAAAGCUGGAGGUGCUUGAAGUCCAAGUGAGCAGCGCGACGACCAAUCCUUCAGUCUUCAACUAGAAGUCCAAGCUAGGACCUGCAUCGAUGAAUGAGAUACGCACACAUACACAGUGGUGUGUGGCGUGAAGGUGUAUCAUGUAUGUACGUAGGAGUGGCAUGUAAAACACUGCUAGUAUCAUGUGAUGUUUGUAAAGUUGUAAAACACUUGUGCAUCGAAGUUUUGCGUUUGCGUGGAGGUAACUGACAUAGUGUUUGCUGGGUUUGUGUCGUUUAGAGCCAACUGAUGGGCGACGAUGCCUGUUUGGAAGUGAAUGGUAGUGGUGGGAUACGUCCACGUUUCUCUUUCUGGACGAGCCCACGUUUCUUGUAAGGUACUUGAAGUACGAGUGAAAGGAAUUUCGGUCUGUGCGGGAUCAUAAUCUA